AUGGCAUGGCAUGACAUACCAUUAAUCAAGAUUGCCCCAUGUGUUGCUUUGGCUAUAGAAAUUUCACGAGGUCUUAGAGAACCAAAUGCUCCUGAUACGCCUAAUGAUUACCAAAAUAAUUCGAAUUCCAUCUUUUUACUCGGAUACUUUAAUUAUUAUGGAAUUGAAACGAGUGAAGACAAUGAAGCCGCAUUUAAAUUGUUUCAUAAUGCUUCAAAACGCAAUCACGUAUUAGCGCAAUUUUAUAUGGGAAUGUGUUAUCAGUAUGAAUAUGGCAUAACAAAAGAUGAGAAAUUGGCUUUUGAAUAUUAUAAGAAAGUGUCCAAUCAAGGUUUUGCGGAAGGUCAAUCGCAACUUGGAUUUUGUUAUAAUAAUGGAAUAGGUAUCGAAAAAGAUUUGAACAUGGCCAUUUAUUGGUAUGAAAAAUCUGCAGAACAAGGUCAUCAAGGUGCUCAAUAUAACCUUGCAUAUAUAUUAUAUAAUGGGGAUGAAAUCGAUAGAGAUAUCGAUCAAGCAAUUUAUUGGUUCGAAAAAUCUGCUAAUCAAGGAUAUCAAAAUGCUCAAUAUAGUCUUGGUUGCAUAUUUUAUAGCGGAGAUGAAGUUGUUAAAUAUACUGAUAAGGCAAUUUAUUGGUUUGAGAGAUGUGCUGAACAGGGACAUAAAAUAGCCCAAUAUAACCUUGGUGUUAUAUAUAAGGACGGUGAUGGAGUUAAGAAAGAUAUAAAUAAAGCAAUUCAUUGGUAUGAGAAAUCCGCCAAACAGGGAUAUAAAAUAGCUCAAUAUAGUCUUGGUUACAUUUAUUAUAGUGGUGAUGUAAUUGAUAAAGAUUCCAGUAAGGCAAUUUAUUGGUAUGAAAAGUCUGCCGAACAAGGAUAUAAAAUGGCUCAAUACAACCUUGCCCUUAUGUAUAAAAAUGGAGACGGAAUCGAUAAAAAUAUGAAUAAGGCCAUCUAUUGGUAUGAAAGAUCCGCAGAAGCUGCUCCAAUUGAUUUUGAUAAAGAUAUGGACGAAGCAAUUUAUAUGUAUGAAAAAUCUGCUAUACGAGAUGCUCUAUAUGAACUUGGUUGGAUAUAUUGUAGCGGGGAUGGAGUUGAUAAAGAUAUUGACAAAGCGAUUUAUUGGUUUGAAAAAUCUGCAGAGCAUGGGCAUCAAAUAGCUCAAUAUAAUCUUGCACUCAUAUAUAAAGAUGGAGAUGGAGUUGAUAAAAAUACUGAUAAAGCAAUUUAUUGGUAUGAAAAAUCAGCAAAUCAAGGAUAUGAAGUUGCUCAAUAUAAUCUUGGCAUCUUAUAUUAUAAUGGAGAUGAAGUUGAUAAAGAUAUAGAUAAGGCGAUUUACUGGUAUGAAAAAUCGGCGGAACAAGGGUAUCAAAAUGCUCAAUAUAAUCUCACAUGUAUAUAUUAUAAUGGAGACGGGAUUCAUAGAGAUAUGGAUAAGGCAAUUUAUUGGUAUAAAAGAUUUGCGGAAAAAGGAAAUCCAAACGCUCAAGAUGAAUUAGAAAAUCUUUUAGAAAUCAAAAUGGAAAAAACGGAAAGGAGCGACUCAUGUAAAAUAAUGUGA